GGCGCUAACGAGCUCCCCCUUCUUCUUCUUGCUCGCGUCGACGGCAGCGGUUCUCUCUCCCCCAUCUCGUCGGCGCUCACCGGUGGUCUCGGCUCUCUACGAUCGAGCUGCUAUUUCCUGAUUCCUCAGUGCUUCUCUUAUCUCAUCGCUUUUAGAUAUCGCGACUGACGGGAGUGAGAAGGCACCGCGUGGGGGCGGCUGCUUCUGGGAGGGAGGAGAUAGCUUGCGUAUUUGAUUUGAAGACAUUUCGUCGUGGCGUCCAGAUCCCAGAGAACUCUUGCCUGUUAUCUCCAGCAAUCUACGUCUCUUAAAAAAAACAAACUUGAUAAAUAAAUCAUUCAGCAAUGGCUUGCUUUGCUUGCAUAUUUAGGAGGAAAGCAACUUUACGCGGGCAACAUAAUCAAUUUAGUGAAGACGUUCCUGGAAUUGAAAGUGUUACAAUUUACACUUUCAAGGAACUGACAAAUGCAACCGAUGGUUUUAAUCCAGCUAACAAAAUUGGAGAGGGAGGUUUUGGUUCAGUAUAUAAGGGAAGACUUAGAAAUGGAAAAGCUAUUGCUGUAAAGGUGCUCUCCUCCGAGUCAAAGCAGGGAGCACGUGAGUUUCUGACUGAAAUCACAGCGAUCUCUGGCAUAAUUCAUGACAAUCUUGUCAAGCUGUAUGGCUGCUGUGUAGAGGGAUCUCACAGAAUUCUCGUUUACAACUAUCUCGAGAACAAUAGCCUCGCAAAAUUCCUUCUUGCUUCCAACCGCAAUAACAUUUAUUUCAACUGGAGAUCAACAGUCAAAAUUUGCGUUGGUGUUGCUCGUGGGCUUGCAUUUCUUCAUGAAGAAGUGCAGCCACAUAUAGUUCACAGAGAUAUUAAAGCAAGCAACAUUCUUCUUGAUAAGGAUCUAACACCAAAAAUUGCUGAUUUUGGUUUAGCAAAGCUUCUACCAGCAAAUAUAACACAUGUCAGUACUCGAGUGGCUGGAACAAUAGGAUACUUGGCACCUGAGUACGCCAUCCGUGGACAAGUGACAAGGAAGGCAGAUAUUUACAGUUAUGGCAUUCUUCUGCUGGAGAUUGUCAGUGGAAGAUGCAACACGAAUGCACGACUACCUUAUCAAGAUCAAAAUCUUCUUGAAAGGACCCCAGGAAUCACAAAUGGGCUUCUCGUCUUGCAGACGUGGGCGUUAUACGAAUCUGGCAAGCUGCUGGAUAUCAUAGAUACUUCUUUGACAGAUGAGUUGGAUGCAGAAGAAGCAUGUAAAUUCUUGAAGGUUGGACUGCUAUGCGCACAAGAGGACAUGAAGCUUCGGCCCUCAAUGUCGACUGUUGUCAGUAUGCUGACUGGUAAAAUGGAUGUGAACUCUGUGGUGAUCACAAGGCCUGGUAUCAUUAAUGACUUAAUGGACCUUAAAAUUAGAAGCAAAAACAAGGCUGACCAAGUGAACAUAUCCUCUAACGCACCAUCUGUUCCAGGCACACCCUCAUCCUCAGACAGCACGACGCAUGCAUCCCGACUGAAGAUAUGUUAACACUGAAAUUCGAAGAGCUAACUCUCAGGGUACAUAGCAAAGCCGUAUACAAUCUUUGAAAUUCUUUUCCCCAAGUUUAUUUCUUGGCUGUGGAAAUAUACACUAGGACUGCGAUUUGAACUUGAUUGUGCAUAAAUUUGAAGAAUGUGGAUUUUUUUUUUCUUGAUUUAAUCAGAACUAGAUUGUAGAUUCUUGAUUUAAACAGAGCUUGCCAUUCUUAUUUA